ACGUUGAUUUGUAGUUUGAACACGUGGCUCAUUCAAAAAGCCGGACCCUGGCCGCGGCCGCCCCCGCCCCGCUGCCCUCGCCGCGGCCACUCAGCCCUCGGGCUUUUUACGGGGAGGCGGCGCCUGCCCCACGGAGGGUGAUAUUUUCACAGCCCGCUGGCCGCGGCCGGAGGGGCUGGGGAGGAAGAGACAAAAAGUAGUUUCCCCCCGCGCCUCCUCCUUUCUCUGCUGAGCCCGCCUCCUCCCCGGAGUUAGGAAGACUCGACGCUGGGCUCGUCGCUAGGCUUUUCCUUUCUCUCUCUCUAAUACCCAGAGGAGGCCGAGAGGACCCCGGGCUCUGCCUCCCCGCCCGCCGCUCCCGUGCUCGGCCGCCGCGUGUGGCUGUGCAAGGCCAGAGGAGAGGAAAGAAAACCCACCCGGCUCCGCGCCCCGUGCCGUGGGGGCUUUUGAUUGAGCAUUUUCCUCGUUCUCGCCCCGUCUCUCUCUCUCUCUAUUUUUUUUUUAAACAACCCCCCUCUUCACAAUGAACAAACUGUACAUCGGGAACCUCAGCGACCACGCCGGCCCCGCGGACCUGGAAAGUGUCUUCAAGGACGCCAAGAUCCCGGUGGCCGGCCCCUUCCUGGUGAAGACGGGCUACGCGUUCGUGGACUGCCCGGACGAGGGCUGGGCCCUCAAGGCCAUCGAGGCGCUUUCAGGUAAAAUGGAACUGCACGGGAAACCGAUGGAAGUUGAGCACUCGGUCCCGAAACGGCAGAGGAUUCGGAAACUUCAGAUACGAAAUAUCCCACCCCACUUACAAUGGGAGGUCCUGGAUAGUUUACUAGUCCAGUAUGGAGUGGUGGAGAGCUGUGAGCAAGUGAACACAGACUCGGAAACUGCAGUCGUAAAUGUAACCUACUCCAGUAAGGACCAAGCUAGACAAGCCUUAGACAAACUAAAUGGAUUCCAGUUGGAGAACUUCACCCUCAAGGUUGCCUACAUCCCGGACGAAGCUGCCGUCCAGCAAAAUCCCUCACCGCAGCUCCGAGGGCGCCGGGGCCCGGGGCAUCGGGGCUCAUCCAGGCAGGCAUCUCCAGGAUCACUGUCCAAGCAGAAACCCUGUGACCUGCCUCUGCGCCUGCUGGUUCCCACCCAGUUUGUUGGAGCCAUUAUAGGAAAAGAAGGUGCCACCAUUCGGAACAUCACCAAGCAGACCCAGUCUAAAAUUGAUGUCCAUCGUAAGGAGAAUACAGGGGCCGCCGAGAAGUCCAUUACUAUCCUCUCUACCCCUGAAGGCACUUCUGCAGCUUGUAAGUCUAUUCUGGAGAUUAUGCAUAAGGAAGCGCAAGAUAUAAAAUUCACGGAGGAGAUCCCCUUGAAGAUUUUAGCUCACAAUAACUUUGUAGGCCGUCUCAUUGGUAAAGAAGGAAGAAACCUCAAAAAAAUUGAGCAAGACACGGACACUAAAAUCACAAUAUCUCCGUUGCAGGAACUGACGCUGUACAAUCCGGAGCGCACCAUCACAGUUAAAGGCAAUGUUGAGACGUGUGCCAAGGCAGAGGAAGAAAUAAUGAAGAAAAUCAGGGAGUCUUAUGAAAAUGAUAUUGCUUCCAUGAAUCUUCAAGCACAUUUAAUCCCUGGAUUAAAUCUGAAUGCUUUGGGUCUCUUCCCACCUACUUCAGGGAUGCCACCUCCCACCUCAGGGCCCCCGUCAGCCAUGACUCCUCCCUACCCACAAUUUGAGCAAUCGGAAACGGAGACUGUGCACCUGUUUAUUCCUGCCCUGUCGGUCGGCGCCAUCAUCGGCAAGCAGGGCCAACACAUCAAACAGCUUUCUCGCUUUGCAGGGGCUUCCAUUAAGAUCGCUCCGGCCGAAGCACCAGAUGCUAAGGUGAGGAUGGUGAUUAUCACUGGACCACCAGAGGCUCAGUUCAAGGCUCAGGGAAGAAUUUAUGGGAAGAUUAAGGAAGAAAACUUCGUCAGUCCUAAGGAAGAGGUGAAACUUGAAGCUCACAUCAGAGUGCCGUCCUUUGCCGCUGGCAGAGUUAUUGGGAAAGGAGGCAAAACGGUGAAUGAACUCCAGAAUCUAUCAAGUGCUGAAGUUGUUGUCCCCCGUGACCAGACACCUGACGAGAAUGACCAAGUUGUUGUCAAAAUAACUGGCCACUUCUAUGCUUGCCAGGUUGCCCAGAGGAAAAUUCAGGAAAUUCUGACUCAGGUAAAGCAGCACCAACAGCAGAAAGCUCUGCAGAGUGGAGCACCUCAGUCACGGCGGAAGUAAAGGCUCAGGAGACAGCCACCACAGAGGCAGAUGCCAAACCAAAGACAGAUUUGCUUAACCAACAGACGGGUGCUGACCCAUCCAGAAUCACACGCACGAGUGUUUACCUAGCCGGUUGUUUCUGAGGACCAGGCAACUCGAACUCCUGUCUCUGUGAGAAUGUAUACUUUAUGCUCUCUGAAAUGUAUGACACCCAGCUUUAAAAAAAAAAAGAAAGAAAAAAAGUGGGGGUAGGGAAAGAGAAGGACUCUGCACUUCCCUUGUGAUAUCAAAGUAUAACAAAUAUUCUAAUUUUCCUUAACAUCCCUUCAUAAUGCCGGAAAUUGGCGUAAUGGUACAUUCACUAAAUUCAAAUAAAUUUAAAAAUAGAUCGUUCCUAAGUCCAAUUGUUGAAAUUGGAUCAAAGUAGAACUGCCACAGGAACACAAUGCUAAGCCAUUAGAAUAGAAGAGUUGUGGUUUCCUGUUUCUCUAACACUAACGUGGAUAGCCUAAGGGAAGUGCCAACCGCUGUUGGCGGGGUAUUAAACGUGCAUUUUUACUCAACUACCUCAGGUAUUCAGUAAUACAGUUAAAAGCAAAAUUAUUCCUUUUUUGAAAAUUUUAUAUACUUUAUAAAGAAACUCCAACCGUUUUUUAAAAAAAUAAAAUAAAAAUUAACAGUUGUCAGCUGAUAGGCAAGUAAUUGAGAAAGGAAUUUUACGUCUUGCUGGUGACCGUCAAGUUUGGAAAAUUAAUUUUGCAUUUUUUGAGCCUUUGACAGUAAAUGGAAAGUCCAAUAAAUGUUCAAAGAUCCGGAGCAGUGCCUAUUCUCGGAGAGCAGCGAUUACAUGUACUCUUUUGUCUAUAGUGGGGAAGGCUACUGGUGGUACCAACAGAGCAGAGUGGUGGCAAGUUUGGAAGGGCUAGGAUAAAAAGGGGUCCAGAAGACUGGGGAUUUGUGUUUAGCUAUGCGUGAACACUUUGACUGUCAUUACCUAAAGGAAGCGUGUCAGUGAAGAAAUGCAGAAUUCAAACAAAAUCAGCUUGAGUUGUCUCACAGGAAGCUCAGCUUGCCAACACACGUGAGGUCAGGCGAUACUCUAAGCAGGCACCAAACUGCUUUGUGAAUACCAGUGGGAGCCCGGUGUACCGCGGUGCUGAAACGGCAGCACAAAGCUCUAUCUCCUUUGUGCCUGGCACUGUCAUGAGCCUAACUAAGCUAUUUUGAAGAUUUUGUAAGCAGUGGAAGAAUUACGUCCACCAGAAAUCUUACAUGGAAUGUAGCAGGGUUGCUGUCUCCCCUGCAGUUCCCUGAGUGAGUCAGGGAAGGGAGUAAUGCAGCAAACGGUUUGGGGAGUGUGGACUGCAGAAGCAAAGGACUGCUGAAGCGAUCCCUUUACCCUUCCUUAACUUAGUGGCAAAGUCCGGUAUGGACACUUGUGGGUGUGGGUAGUCCUCAAGGCCAUGUUGCUCUCUGAGUUGUUUUUGUUACUUUGUUCAUAAGGUUGUUACAGUCGUAUUACACUGACCUUGAGGGCAUUAUGUAACCUUUCGGAAAAUCAUUUUGCCUCAUUUGUAUUUCAACAUAAACUGCUACAGGCUUAUCAGCAUAUCAUUUAGACAAUGUGAAAAUGAUUUACUAAACCUUUCAGAAAUCCAGUCUAUUUUGUAGUUUUUAGCCAAAAAGCACCCACUUUUUACAACUGAAUUCAUCUAGCAUUUGUAUUUUUUCAUUCAACGGACGUAAACUGCUUAAAAAAAGAAGUGACCUGUUCUCCUCCUUGGAUAUCAGGGGAGACGUGUUUAAUUAAGGCCAGAGCUCUUCCUCAAUAUUUGAUUUUUCCAGUAUUUGUAUUUUAAGAACUGACAGGUGCUAGAUUUUAUCUGCUGGUUUCAAUUCUGCCAUGUUUCACGUCUAGCCUUUAGAGUGGCAAAUCAUGUUUUACUUUCACUUAAGUAUUGGUGGUCUGGAGUACCUGGUACUGAGUAAUUCUUUAAUUGAGUUUGUGUUCAUCAUAUACAGAUCAUUUCUCAUCUAUCAUGUGCCCCAAAUGCAGCUUCGUUUUCCAGGUACCUUGAUGCAGAAUAAAGUUUUCAUCAUAAGCCACAGUUUCUGUAGCAUGUUUUCAGAUGAGUUUGUUUCUGAUAUGUAUCUUGCACUGGGCAGUAAUCUACCACUAAGUUAUUUUUUUCAGCCCCCAGUAUAUUAAUGUGAACCUUGGUUGCCCUAUCUAAUAUGAACUAAGAUCUACAGAUUUCGAUGGCAUUCCCUAAUAUUGUAAAUAUUCUACUUCUGCCACUUGGAGUAUUCUGGAAGGCUAUAGAAAACUAUCCUCGUGCCCUGUUACUUACUACU